CUUUCCUCGCGAGGGCGUGCCGCCGCCUUCCUCGCGAUGACGUGCCGCCGCCGCCUGCAUCUUUCUCCCUGCCUCCUCCUGAUCCGCGGCGCCGCCUCCCUCCCACCCACUUCCCCGCGGUGGUGCUGGCCGCGCGGGCGGAGGCAGCAACGCGGCGCUCUCCAAGCGGCCUCGGUGGCUAUCCGACGGCAGAGGAGGAGCGGACAUUGACGGGGUGGCACAGCAGGCCAUCGGCCGCUCCGAGGGCAUGCCGCGCUCCUUAGCCGCGUCCCACGAUGGGGCCAACUCCGGCAGGUGUAGAGUCUGGUCCUGCUCGCCCCUCUUUGGCUUCCAAGCAAAGAUGUGGUUUAUUUUUAGGUUAUGAGUAUGGAUAUUUUUCAACUGGAGUUGUUGAACCAGUAUAAAUUUCUGACAACUUCUCUCGCUGGUCGCUGCCAUCUACAAAAUCUCGAUACAGGUAUAGACAUUGGAGCUACAAGAGAAGAAGUAAAAGAAGAGAAAGGUGUACGCAUACUUCCUUGAUUUUUGUCAUGAACGAACACCUAUACUUUGCUCUGCCUUAUAAUUACAGUUUGUAGGCUUUGGAGUUCCUGUUUUUCAUCUAGGCGUGGAUGAGCUUCAGUGCUUCACAGCUCAGAGCUUACAUAUGAAAAUAAAUUUAUACUAUCUUUAGUUGUCUUCUCUGGAAAGUUCAGUGGUUUCAUGUUUUAUCAUGAUUGGUCUACUGUACUGUUUGAGAGCUACGGAAGAGUUUUCUUGCUGGUUCAACAGGUAACCACGUUGUUGAUCUAUUAGUAAUUCAGUUAGGCAUGCUACUUCAAAAGUUGGGGGCAUGUAUGUCUUCUAUGCAGUAUUUUCAUUUUUUGUACUGAAGUUGGAAAUGUGAUAAGCAAGCAAUAACUCCAGGAGAACGGAACAUUGACCAUUUACUGAUGUUUUUCCUUUAAGAUUAAUAAUAAUAAAUCUAUGAAUACCUGAUCAGUACAGAAUCCAAAGGCUACAUAAAUCUGCAGCGGAUUGAGGCAUGUAUGUUCCUAUAUUAAACGUUUACUUUGAGUACAGGAGAAAGGACAUAUUGUAAGUAUCAUCUGCUCCUGCUCUUGUAGUAAAUCUGGUAUACAAUAUACAUGCAUCCUCAUGAUAUGGAUUCUAGAAACAGAAGUUUUAUGUGCUUCCAAACUGGAUUAUGAUGCUUUAUGUGAAGUCAGCAUAGUUGAUGAAAAAGUCAGCAUAGUUUCUUGAUCAAUGCUUUAUGUGAAGUCAGCAUAGUUGAUGAAAAAGUCAGCAUAGUUUCCAGAUCAAUGCUUUCUGUGAAGUCAGCAUAGCUGAUGAAAAAGUUGUUUUCGUUUUAUAACUUGAUCAAUGCUCAGUACAUUUUUCCAACUUUUGCAGCAGAAGGUUUAAAUGCACUUUGAAGCUUAUGGGCCUAUUAAAAGGAACAUGAUCUAUGGUCCUUCUGUUAACAUGAAAAGUACAUAUUUUUUGUGGAGAAUGAGGAGUGCAUCUUUUAAGGGCUUAUGGUAUGGACUAUGUUUGAAUUUGUAAUGUUAUGGGUACCUAUGUGCUCAUUUCGUUAGGCUGGUUGCAGACUUGCAGUUCUUCUAAAAUCAAAGAAUCUUUAAUAUUAAAAAGAAACCGGAUGAAGAACUCAGAGGCGAUGGGGAAAGAACAUGAAGUUAUCUUUUAUAUAGUCCAUCCUGGAGGCAUGAGGAUCUGAUGAGACAGCCGAGGUUCCAUUUAAUGACGCUCCAAUUGUCUCCCUUUUCUUUUCUUGUUUUAAUCAUACAUUGUGUUUGCUGUGUGCCAUAUUAAGAGAUAGUGACCUACAAGUGCUUGGAGUGAUUAACUCGGGUUUGGACUUGUGAGGGCAUCGCCCUCCUGACUCAUAAAUCGCUCACCCACUUGCUGACUAAAAAAAUGUGUUAUCAUUCUCAUGUACACCUCAUCAGAAUUAUGGGUCAGAUUAGUAAUUUUUCUAAACUCCUAUAAAAAACGCACGAUUUGAUUGAAAAGCACUGCCACCGUUUGCAUGAAAAAACAGAAGAAAUUUCACUCCAAAUAGCUCCUAAAUGAAGACCAAAGCGGGGAAUAAUGGUGAAUGGAAGGAACAGCUUUAUUAUGCACAUUGGAGCACACACAGUGUUGAAUGAGGGACAAGGAGAUUCGACUUGAUACCUCUCCACCACUAUGGGUUUGUUGACAGAUGUCAUUGGCCAAGCAUUAGACGUUUUGGGCAUACAAGAGGUCCCAAAAGAAUUAUGCAUGCCAGAAUUUUGUAGCUUACAGAUUGAUUAUUUGAGUCCGUGCGUCAACCUCUCCCGCGCCGCCGCGAGACGCCCGGCUGCCGGCCGCGGCUUCGCUCACAGGAGAAGCGUGCUCGCAUUGCCGUCGGCGUCGGCGAGGAGUCGCGCUAUCGAGGGUGGCGUGUCGUGCUGCGGCAUGGCGAACGGGUACAUGGGCGGUCCCGUGCCGGCGCACGGCAAGAGUUCCGGGCCCGGGUCGGCAGCACCGGAGGCCGGGCUCGGGAUCCAGGAGUUCCUUGGGGGCAAGAACUUCCUCGUCACCGGCGGGACUGGCUUCCUCGCGAAAGUUCUUAUCGAGAAAAUCUUGAGGACGAAUCCUGAUGUUGGGAAGAUCUACGUGGUGAUCAAGGCCAAGGACAGCGAGGCGGCAUUGCAGAGACUGCGAAAUGAGGUAGUGGACACGGAGCUGUUCAGGUGCUUGCAGGAAAUCCACGGGAAGGACUACCACAGUUUCGUGGCGGCAAAGCUGGUGCCAGUGGUCGGCGACGUCAGGGAGGCCAACAUCGGCAUCGCCCCUGAGCUAGCCGACGAGAUCGCGGAACGAGUCGACAUCAUCGUCAACUCGGCAGCCAAUACCACUUUCGACGAGAGGUACGAUGUCGCGAUGGACAUCAACACCGUUGGGCCGUUCCGGAUAAUGAGCUUCGCGCACCGGUUCCGGAGGCUGAAGCUGUUCCUGCAAGUGUCGACAGCAUAUGUGAACGGGCAGACGCAAGGCGUGGUACUGGAGAAGCCAUUUCGGCUGGGGGACACCAUAAGGAAGGACUCCUCUGAUUCUUCAGAGCAGCACAAGAACCCCAUGCUGGACAUCGAGGCGGAGAUCAAGCUGGCCUUUGACUCGAGGAGGCACUCCGAUGACUCGGCUUCGUUCUCCCAGGAGAUGAAGGAUUUAGGCCUAGAAAGGGCAAAGCUCCAUGGGUGGCAAGACACGUACGUGUUCACCAAGGCCAUGGGGGAGAUGGUGAUCAACAGCAUGCGAGGGGAGAUACCGGUGGUGACCAUCAGACCCAGCGUGAUCGAGAGCACCUGGAGGGACCCCUUCCCGGGCUGGAUGGAAGGGAACAGGAUGAUGGACCCUGUCGUCCUGUACUACGGCAAAGGCCAGCUGAGCGGCUUCCUCGCCGACCCCUACGGCGUCCUCGACGUGGUUCCGGCGGACAUGGUGGUGAACGCGACGCUGGCGGCGAUGGCGAAGCACGGGCGGCCGUCGGAAGCGUCGGAAGGGACGACGAUGAAGCAGAAGCAGUGGGUGUACCACGUGGCGUCGUCGACGGUGAACCCGCUGGUGUUCGGUGACCUGAGCCGGCUCCUCUUCCAGCACUUCACGCGGUCGCCCUACAGCGACGCGGCGGGGCAGCCCAUCGCGGUGCCGCCCAUGCGCCUCUUCGACACCAUGGACCAGUUCGCCAGCUACGUCGAGACGGACGCCCUGGUCCGGAGCGCCGCCGCGCGGGCGGGACCCGCCGGGGAGCGGCUCUCGCAGCGGCUCCAGGAGCUCUGCGCCAAGUCCGUCGAGCAGACCAUCCACCUCGGCUGCAUCUACCAGCCCUACACCUUCUACCCCGGCAGGUUCGACAACGGGAACACGGAGGCGCUGAUGGCGGAGAUGACGGCGGAGGAGAAGGCGCGGUUCCACUUCGACGUGAGGAGCAUCGACUGGACGGACUACAUCACGAACGUCCACAUCCCGGGGCUCAGGAAGCACGUCAUGAAGGGGAGGGGGCUCGCCGCCGACGCAUCCACGGUUCUCGCGGCUUCCGUGUGAUCCGAUCAAAGCCGGCCCCGAACCCAACUACCAGAUGCGCUGCGGCGUGUACACUAGUCGUCCUACGUGCCUGCUGUAUCCUGACCGAUCGAUGUCACGCAUGAUUAAUUCCCUUCUGUUUUUUUUUAGACGAGUCUUCCUGCAACCGACGGUGUAUACAAACGAAACAGUUAACCGACACUUUUUACGUUUCAAAGGAAGUAGUACAGAAUUUGUUACAGUAUUAAACUGCUGCUACCCAGCUAUUUGUUCCACGUUACAUGAUUUCUCUUUUUUUUUUGACCAGUCACGUUAUAUGAUUCCUUGUUUAGGUA